UUUAACCAUAUAAUCUUCGGGUAGUAGGAGUUGUGGUGAUUUUUAUUUCCUUUGUUAUACUUUUCUGUAUUGACUGAUUUUAUUCCCAGUAAAUUCAGUUUAAGAUGACAAAAUCUCUGUUUUUUGUAGUCAUAAACUUGUACUAGUCAUAAACAUGUGCUAGCUCCAUGUGAAAAAAUUAGUGCUGUUCAACAUAAAUUCUCAGGAUAUUAUACUCGAAGGCAAGUAAGAAUAAGGGCAAAGAAACAAGCGUUAAGGCGAAUAAAUUAGAUGACGAGAGAAAACCUAGUCUACAAAGUUACCAUUUAAAUCCUUAACUCCAGGCAGCUAUUUCAUAAAUGGUUUUGUUUGGUCAUACAAGGUGACCAUGGGUCACAUAAGGUAAUGUUAAAAUCACAAGUCAGGGUUUCUGUCUGACUGCUGGUGGGCCAGAUAUCUUCACCUCCCAUGAAAGAAAAAUCAUUCUGUAGUGUUAAGAAUCUUGUCAAGUCUGUAGUAAUGAGCACUUCCUCUUCCCCCACCAAGACCCUCACCCCAAAUUCUGCUUGGGGCAUUAUACUGCAGGCUAAUGAUCUAAACAAAAUUAAGAUUGGUUAAAUUAAUAAUUCCAUGUUCCCAAUUAAGAAUUUAUUUUGCACUUAAGAUAUUGAUCCAUAGUUCUGUGUAUAUUUUUAAUGCAAGCAAAUAUUAGUGAAGCAAAUUUGUCAUUUUCAUUUGUGUAUUUUGGACAAAGGUUUGUUUAUACUCAGUGAAAUGUUAAUUUGUCUGGUUAUUUCUCCUUUUCCCAGCAAAGAAUAUUUAAUCUCCUUUCUGAAAAUGAUUCGAUUUGGGCAGCAAAUCUUAUGCUGAGAAUUCUUCCCAGAUCUCAAGUUAUAUAACUGAACAGAUGGCAUUCGCAUGGCUUUGACAGGUCAGGCUGCGAUCACAGGACAUCCUGAGGAAGCAGCUCAGAAGCCUUCCCAAGGAGAGUGGGAAGAUCCCGUGAGUGAGCAGGCAUGUGUGGCUGUGGGAUUGGGUGAAGAAAUGCACUCUGACUCAGCUUCCCAUCUUCACGGCCCAGGAGCAAAUUCUUCAGGAUCCUGAAAGAGAUGUCUUGCAGGAGUCCAAUGUGCUCAUGCAUGUGAAAUCCUUGGAAAAGCACAACAGUGAGGCAAGAACUGCUGUCAGUGAUUCCCUCAUGACCUGUUCUGGUCUUUGCAUGCCAUCUUGGAGCCAGUCUUUGCAGUGCCAGAGAUACCCAGAGCUUAAAAUGCAGACACCAAGAGCUUUGAGCCUAGACAUUUGGAUGAAAAGUGAUUUCCACCUGGAGAAAGUCAUUGCCCUUCUGUGCAGAGGGAACAUGAAGGAGAACCCAUCUCUGCUGCUUUUGAAGUGCAGUGGCUUUCACUUGGAAUGGAAAUCUUUACAGGUGGCACCGGGGGCUGUGCAGAGACGACCAGGGAGAAAUUCCGGACUUCUCAUGUUCUGCCUCUGAACAGACUGUGGUGGGAAACACAAACAAUACAAAUCCUUGGUUCCAUUUUCCUCAUCCCUUCCUGGCAAAUGAAAUCAAAUGAGGGUGAGGGUGACUGGGGAAUAAAGCAGGGGGAGUGAAGAGAUGGGGGCCUGCUCUUAGAAGCAGGGUCUGAACUCCACCUGCUCCGGGAUGAACUGGAAAGUGCUUCUUCUCCUCCCUUCCUUGUCUGAUGGCUAUGGGAACUUUAGAUGGGGAAAUACUGAUACACUGAUCUCUCAACCAAAUAUAAUUUGUAUUAAGAAUUAAGAGUUCACAAGUUAU